AUGAUGGGUCUGGAUCUGGUAGAUCUUCGGUGUGGCUUGGCUGCAAUCCCCAUGUUUCUCCUCUCCGGUCAUCAUUUCCUGUUCCAGAUCUGGUUUUUCUCCUGCUCGGUCUCUAGCGGUGCAUCCAUGUUUCGUCUAGCUUAUGUGGAGUUCGCUUGGGUCUUGGCGCUUCUCGGGUUCGAUCUUUCACCUCCUCUGUCACUAGAGUUUGGUGUUAUCCGGUUUGUUCCCUGCUGCUAUCUCACUUCUGAUCGAGAGCUCACUCCAUCAUUGGCGCUUAUGCCAGUUAGGACUAUUUAG